AUGCAGGAGCCAAAGGUUGUUCUAGUCACCGGUUGUGCCAAAGGUGGCAUUGGAUAUGAAUAUUGCAGGGCAUUUGCUAAGCAGAAUUGCCGCGUCGUUGCUUCUGAUAUCCCUCAACGCAUGGAUGACAUGCUAGAUUUCGGUUCCGAUAAAAUUGAAACGAUGGAGCUCGAUGUUUCAUCAGACGAGAGCGUGUCAUCAGCUGUGAACACUGUUAUAUCCAAGUAUGGUCACAUUGAUGUGGUACUAAAUAAUGCUGGUAUAGGAAGCACCGGCCCUUUGGCUGAGCUUUCACUGGAUGCAAUCAAGAAAGCUUGGGAAAUCAACACAUUGGGGCAGCUAAGAAUGGUGCAACAAGUUGUGCCUCACAUGGCUUCAAGGCGCAAGGGAAUUAUAGUCAAUGUAGGGAGUGUUGUUGGAAGAGUGCCAACCCCAUGGGCAGGGUCAUAUUGUUCUAGCAAGGCUGCUGUCCAUGCCAUGACCAACGCUUUGCGUGUUGAAUUAAGGCCCUUUGGCAUCAAUGUGGUGCUUGUGGUGCCUGGUGCUGUGAGAUCAAAUUUCGGAAGCUCUAACCUCGAAAGGCUGGGAAAUCAUGAUUGGAAACUUUAUAAUGAAUUCAAGGAUGCCAUUGCUGAGCGAGCCAGGGCUUCCCAAGGUUCCAAGGCAACAGAUGCCACGACGUUCGCACGACAUGUCGUAAAGAAGGUUUUGAGUCCCAAACCACCAAAGCAGAUAGUAUUUGGUCACAUGACUGGUUUGUUUGCUGUACUUUCAUGUUCUCCACUUUGGGUUAGAGAUCUGUUUUUCAGUACUCGUUUCAACCUAAACAAGAGAGUCUAA